AUGGAGAACCCGAGGGAGUUUCAAAUUAAUCAAAUCCGCCGUAGGUUCAGCCCGAAGGAGCGCCAUGACGCUCAUGCCACUCAUCUGACGUUCACUAUGAAGCCAUCGGACCCGGACUUUUCCUACGAUCUUACCGGCCUAGACUGUAUUUUAAGAAUUCCUGCGACCUAUCCAGCCUAUGGCGAGCCUUCUCUUGAAGUGAGCAACGGAAAUCUAGACGCAAGUAAGAGAAAGCUUGUGGAACGAAAGUUCAAGCAAGUGUCGAAAGAUGCCAAGUCUGGUAACCUAUUGCAUUCCAUGAAUGCCCUCGACAGGCAUCUUGCAAAUCUUCUUUCUGCUGCUCCUGUUCCGGAGACAUAUGAUCCCCUAUCCGCGGAAAGAUUACGCUCUACUAUGGGUUUCGAAUACAAGGCUCCUUCCGAUAACCAGAAAAACAAGAGGGCAGCCAGAGUAUCAGAAACAGGAGAUCCUCAGAGAAGACUGAAAGAGGUUGGACAGCUAAAAUCUCGUCUGGGUAAACAUCCUUUAUUCCUAGCACAUUCGGACCAGGUCAGUUUUACGAUUGCUAUCAAACCGUUUCAACCGAUGCAGCUACCAAAUGCCCUCCGCAAUAUAAAAAGCGUAAUCUUGAUAGUGCCGUCAAAUUACCCCGGAGAGCCAUGUCGAAUCAAGAUUCCUGACAUUAAUGGCAGCUCUGCCCGAGUGACGGAACAGGCAUUCUAUCAGCAUUCCAUGGAUAGUCCGGGAAUCAGUCUAACCGCUCAUAUUAACUACCUCGCUGCAAUGGUGCACAAAAUGUCAUACCAAGAACCCGUUGAACAAGAGGUAGAUCUUCAUGAGGAAUUAAGUGCAUUAUCCUUGGAAGAACAGCCUCAUGACAAGUGGUCGCCACCAUCGCCGCUCGUAAAAGCAUCCCAAUUAACUACUGUUAACGCAAAGGCCCAAAACUCGGAAGGCAAAUCACAUAUUCAAGUUAUCCCUAGGCCUCCUGAGUGGGAAUCCCCAGAUGAAACUGACAGUGAUGAAGGUAAUGAUGACCCAACUGCAGAAAACCAUGCGCAUUUGGGGAGUGGCCGCAAGGUCUUAAUAUCGUGCCCGGCACUUGAACUUCAAGGGGUUGAAUUACUUGAGUUAAAGAGUUUGUCCCUAACUCUUCGAUGUGUCCGGUGCAAGCAAUUACAAGACAUGAAGAAUAUAAAAAUCGGGGAAGAUGGCCACAGUACCCCUCAUUAUAGGGUUGAAAGCUGUCGAAAAUGUUCAAAUCGACUCAGUGUAGGUAAGCAAAAUUUCAAGGGGCUAUGA